UAUCCGUGAAUAAUUACAAUCCAAUAAGCGAUGACGAGUAUAACAAUCCGUUAAUUUCUUUAGCCCUUUCACAGGAUCCCACUCUCAUUCUUACAUGGGAUAUAGAAACAUAUAAUUCGCUUAGACUAGGCAACUUCCCCACUGUACAAAGUAAUGAAUCCAAUGUAUUUAUGAUCUGCAUGUCAGUCCAUUGGAAAGAUGAUCCCAAUCCAUUAAAACAAAUUUGUUUUGUUGAUGUUGAAACUGCGCCAGACUCACGUUGGAUCACAGUUGUAUGUGAAAACCAAACUAAUUUACUGAAAGUAUUUGCAUUAUAUUGGAAGAAUCUAGCCUCAGAUAUACAAAUAGGUUUUAAUGAUUCACAAUAUGACUGGAGAUUUAUUGUAGAGAAAGCGAAAAAAAGAGCGUUAAAAGAAACCAAUGCUACAACGGCCAAGCAGAUGUGUGAAGUAAUCGAGUAUUGUAUUAUCAAUGCUAUUAGCUAUCAGCGAUUAAUGGUAAAGCAUAAUGCAAUUAACGAGUACAGAGAGGUGGCAUCUGUAGCCUUCAUAUUAUUAUAUGAUUCACAUUAUUUUGCAGUAGGAAUGAAAGUGCGAAAGUACCCUAGGGCCUAUGUUUUCCCACUGGUAAAGGGUCUCAAAAAUAGACGACCUGUAACUGAGCGUGCUAAAUCUUUAAAGGAAAGCGGUAAAAAGCUUCAUGAAAUUAAUUUCAAAUUUAAUGGUUGGGAUGUUCUUGCAUGGUCUAUAGAGCAUGGAAACCAAAUCGAAAUAAAAGGCCUUUAUCCAAAAGAGAUUAGUUUGGCAGAAGCAAGAGGCGAGGAUGAUACAGAUGCUUUAAAAUCUGAAUACUCUUCAGUUUCCUUUAAUGUCGCCUGUUUAGACAUAAAACAACUUGCUUUAAAAGUGUAUAUGAAUACGUUUUACGAAGAAUAUUUUCGGGAGUGUGAUGAAAAAUUCAUUUCAGAAAAGAUAUCAAAGGAAAAGUACUGGGAGGAGAUGGUGAGAAUAUCUAUGAAGGCAAUGAGCGAGCUCCGAAAUGAUAUUAAUGACUUUCUCAGGGAAGGUAAUGGAUCAACUUAUCUUAAUAUGGUGUAUGAGGAAGUCUUAUUUCCAGUAGUAUUUACUGGAAAGAAAAAAUACUAUGGCAUUCCGCAUAAAAACAAGCUGAACUUUAAUAAUAAGCUUUUCAUCUGGGGAGUUGAGACUGUAAAGCGAAAACAGUCUAGUGUUUUCCGCAAAAUAGGAAAACAUAUUAUGGAAGAAUCUACGAAGAUAAACAAUAUACGUACCUUGCAUCGGGUUGUAGAGGACGUGCUCAAAGAGACUGUAAGAGAUAUUUCACAGACAGAUCUUAAUGAAAUAAUAAAAACCACUGCAGAUGCUAAAUGGCUCAUAAAAAAGGGCUCAGCACCCGAACCUUAUCUUUAUAAAAUCCCAGAACCAGACAAGCAGUUUGAAUAUGUUGUAGUUGAGAAUGAUUCAUCACAGAAGCCAUCAUCUGAAAUUGUGCUGGAAGCCUUAAAAGAGUUAAAAGAUGGUAAUAAAGCAGAUUAUGAUGCAAUUUGGCUUUGUCUCGAUCAUUUCUUUUACUAUAGCUUGAAUACACCUCCUGCAUGUUAUUAUAUUCAUUGGUAA